AUGGGUGUGGCUGGGCAGGUAGCCUCGGGCGAGCCAAGGGCAGGCGUCCAGCACAGCCUUGGCUUUGGCCCUGCAAACGCCGCUCUGGGCCUCCGCCAGGGGGCGCGCUCCGACCUUCGGUCCCAGCGGACCCGACCGCGAGGGCUGCGGGCCUUCGGAGCACCGACCUGGGGCCUCGUCGCGCGGAGGCGGCGGAUCUGCCUGCCCGGCCAGAAACGGCGGCGGCACGACGCGCAGCAGCUGCAGCAGCUCAAGCACCUGGAGUCCUUCUAUGAAAAACCUCCUCCAGGGCUUAUCAAGGAAGAUGAGACUAAGCCAGAAGACUGUAUACCAGAUGUACCAGGCAACGAACAUGCCCGGGAGUUUCUGGCCCAUGCACCAACUAAAGGACUAUGGAUGCCACUGGGAAGAGAAGUCAAAGUUAUGCAGUGUUGGCGUUGUAAACGGUAUGGUCACCGAACAGGCGACAAAGAGUGCCCUUUCUUUAUCAAAGGCAACCAAAAGUUGGAACAGUUCAGAGUAGCACAUGAAGACCCCAUGUAUGACAUCAUACGAGAGAAUAAAAGACAUGAGAAGGAUGUAAGGAUACAGCAACUCAAGCAGCUCCUGGAGGACUCCAGCUCCGAUGAAGACGGCAGCAGCUCCUCGUCCUCGGAGGAUAAAGAGAAGCACCGGAAAAAGAAGAAGAAAGAAAAGCAUAAGAAAAGGAAGAAAGAAAAGAAAAAGAAGAAAAAACGAAAGCACAAGUCUUCCAAGUCAAACGAGAGUUCCGACUCAGACUGACAAAAGAAAUGGAUUCGUUCCCCGUUUUCUUCUCAAAAUGAGACUCUUGUGGCCAAAGAAGCAGGGGAGAAGCAAGUGGAGAGAGCAAAGCCGAGUCCGCCUGGCUGUGAACUCUCACCUGCCUCCCCGUCAGGGUGUCACCCACAGGAGCUGCGUGGCUCUCCCAGGUGCUAGUGUGGGACAACUGCUGAUUUCAGUCAAGAACCUUGACAUGGUGUUCUCCUUUGGCCACUCGCUACAACAUGUGAUUCAUUCAAAAGGCCGCCCUUGGCAGGUGCCAGGCAACAGGACUCUGAAGAAGCUUCUGUGGGUUCCCCUCAUAGUGAGACUACUUCAUUUCUACAGACUUAUUUCACAGGCUUGUGUUUACUCUCAUGUUGAUGGUAAUAAAAGCUGAUUAUUUUA